CUUUUAUUGGUCUUUUUCUGAAAGAGCUUUUAUUCUAGAUCUAACUACUAGUUUCAUAUAAAAUGCAGGAUACAGAAGGAUAUGUUAAUGCUCUGGGGAUAAAUGUGUAAAACCAGAAUGUUCUCAUCUACAUGACAAUCUGGACUCUUCAAGAAAUAAACUGUAAGAGAAAGAUGAAAGAGGAGAAAAGUAAAAAAAAGAACAAGAAAAACGAGAACAGAAGGAGCGUUGUAACUGACACAUAGAUCUGUUUAGGUUCCUGACUUAAAUAAUCACCUAUUAAAACUUGGAAUCAACAAUUAAGACCAUUUGAAUGUCCCCUGGAUAUCUGAUGCCAUUUAGGAAUGUUUCGUGUUCAUUUUUUUAAAAAUAUGUAUUUUCUAGAUGUUGAUGGACCUUUAUUUUAUUCAUUUAUUUAUAUUUGGAGCUGAGAAUGGAACCCAGUGUCUCGCACAGGCCAGGUAAGGGCGCUACCGCUGAGCCGAGCCCGAGCCCCAGCCCGAGCCCUGCUUCUGUUCAUUUUGUGUUCUGAUAGUGGCCACCAGUUAUGUUGAAAGAUGAAGAAGUCCCUCUUUUUCAAAUACAUAUUCAGAUAUUUACAGAUGAGCUCUUCUGUCUGGGUUUUGCUUCAAAAUAGCCCAUCGGUGGUGGCAGAGCGAGACUGUCCUGGCUCUGAUGGUCAGGUGGGCGCUGCCCACACCACUGGAUAUGCCUGGUGUGUCCAUUAUAAAAAAUGAAAGCUGGGGACAGGGAUGAGGUGUGGGGGGGGGACGGGGUGGCUCAGUGGCGGUGCGCAUGCUUAGCCCCCGUGAGGCCUUGCGUCCCUCAUCACCAGUGGAGAAACAGAAGGCCCGAGGCUAGCCGGGUGGCCUUCCUGUUCCCUCUCUGGCAGGACCUCCUGCUGAAGCCCUGCCCGCCGUCUCCCUUUUUCUGGUGGCUUCCUGCCUCUCAUGCUCCUCUGACCUGCACUCUGGAUACAAGUCCUUCCCUGGGCCUUAUGUGACUGACAGCGUCCUGGGUCCCCCUGGUACUUGGUGUGGUUUUCUAUGCCGUCCGGGCAGGAGGGCCAGCGCGGUGGCACAGCACACCUUUCCGAGGUGGCACAUCGGCUGUGCUCUGCUAAGCAGCCCGAUUCCCUCUUGGGAGGUUGUUUUAAUGACAGACAGGUCAUCGUGGUAACAAGAGAGUGGGGACAAUGAUACCUAGAGCAGAGCCAGAGGUGGAAGGAGGCAGUUUACCCUCGUCCCCAGGCGUGUCCCCUGCUGUGGCCAGACCUGCUCAGAGGCCCUGCCCAGUGUUCCAGUUCCGAGGCGGAACCCUCCAUUCUGCUUCAGGCUGCCAGAGCAGCUGGCUGCAAGGGGCCGAGAUGAAACUGAAACAAGGGUCCUUCCUGUGGUACCUCUACCUGGACAAGAUAUACUGCCUGCUGUCCCUGCGGAACGUGAAGGCGCUGGUGGAGUACUUCUACCUGCUGGACGUGCACCGCAGAAACACCUUGAAUGAUGUGCUCUUCUUCCACUUCCUCUGCCACAUCACCAACUUGAAAUCGAGACAGAUCAAGAUGGUGUUCGACAUGCUGGACUGGAACGCCAUGGGCGAGAUUGGCUUUGAGCAGUUCUACAUGUUGGUUUGCAUUCUGCUGUCACACCAGAACCAUCUGGAAGAACAGUUCAUGUACCGCCAUUCGCGGCCUGUGUUUGACCUGCUAGAUCUGGAUGGGGACCUGAAGAUCAGCCCCGACAACUUCUGCAUGUACAGAUUCCUCUUCAACAUCGAGAAACAGGAGCUCAAAGAACUCUUCCACGACUUCGACAUCACGGGCGACCACGUGAGGGCAGCGCCCUGUGCUGGGCUGCGUCUGGACCCCAGCCCUCCACGCACCUGGCCGGGCAGGGCAGGGGAGACUGCAGCCCAAGGCCUGGGCCGGGAUCCGAAAAUGGUGGGUAGGGGCACAGCUCCUGGAGGCAGGGAUGGGCUCGUGCCACGUGGUGGACCUGGAAGCCCCCCUGCAAUGUGAGAGUAAGCGUGUCACAGGGUGGCACUGGCUGGGAAAGGCUUAUAGAUCUGAACUAGCAGAAAGGGGGAAUUCUAGGAUGGGGUCCAAAGAGCGAAGUCCUAAGCAGGCCAUGGUGGAGUCGAUGAGGUUGAGGGGGGUCCCUGCUGGGCACACAGGGAAGCUGAGGUGGAAAAGGCUGGAUCAUGCUGGGAAGAGCCCUGGGGGCCGCCCAAGCAUCUGCCCUUGACCCUUGUCCCCCUAAGAGUCCACAGAGGCGCUCUUCCUGGGCACUAUUAUCACACUACAACCAUGUCCUAAUCAUUGCUCCUGAGUUUCCAAAUUUCUAAAUACGAUAAUAAGCCUAUUGUCAUGCUAGAAAGUAGCCAACCUUCCUGAAAUAAUUUCUUUUUUUUUCUCCCAACUGAAGCGUCUUAAUUACAAGGAAUUUAAGCUAUAUACAAUCUUCUCCACGGACAAAUCCCAGAAUAAAGGGAAGGAGAAAAAGAACUUGAAAUUGAAA